AUGGCAAAAGUAGUUGAAAAGGUUCCUAAGUCACUUCUGGGUAAUUCUGAAUUUAAAAAUGAUUUGAAUUCAUGCGUUUGGUCUGAGUUGAUUGAACCCACCGAGUUUGAAGACAAGGGGAAGACUGUUAUGGAGACAUAUGAACUUGAAGGCGCUGAAUGGUUCGUUUCUAUGUUCGAAUCAAGAAAGUUUUGGGUUCCUGCAUACUUUAGGGACUUCCCUAACAGUUCUUUGAUAAAGACGACUUCUGUUUCGGAAUCUCAGAAAUUUUUUUUCAAGAGGUAUACUCAGUCCAGGGCUAACCUUGUUGUGUUUUUAAUGAAUUUCAACAAUGCUGUUGAUGCCCAACGAAACCACUCCACAAAGCUAGAUUAUAUGGAUUCUAAUACUACCGCAAAGAUGAAAACAGAGUGGUCUCUUGAGAAGCAUGCAUCUACAAUAUUCACAGAUGAUGCAUUCAAGGAAAUUCAAGAACAGAUACUGGAGGCUUAUAACCACUGCAGCCUUGUAUCAAUAUCAAAUGAUUCAAGUCCAGAGGUUUACAAGGCUGUUCAUGCCGUCCAAUGCCAAGAUGUAGCAACACAUGUUUAUGUUGAUGAGAAGAAGAAGGCACAAGCAAUUUUGUUGGGAGAGAUGUUGGGUCUAUACCAGGCUGUAUCUGUCGAUAUUGAUCAAAUUCAUGAGCUGACAUCUAUAGUUCGUGAAGCAAGACAACAGAUUUUUGCCGACGGCGUAGUAACGUCUACAGCCCAGAAGAAGAAACUAAUGGAGGAAUUUUAUGGGGCUGAGGCACCCCAGGAAGUAGAUGUUCAACCACCUGAAGUCGUCAACAUGAAGGGAUGUGGUAGUAGACUCCCCUCAAGAGUGGAGAAGGCUUUGAAGCUUAAGAGCAGGCCUUUGCGUCAAUGCAAGAAAUGUCAAGAGUGGGGUCACCACGAUUCAAGGAAUUGCAACAAAUUCAAAGAGAAAGAAAAACGGCGGUCUAGAAGAAAUUCUGAAGUUUGA